GUUUGUACCGGUUUGUGCGUCGUUUUGCGAAUUGUGUUUUAGUGCAUUUAAACUAUCCAAAACUACUAUUUGAUAUCGAUCAUGGUGCGCCAGUGCUGUGUUUGCAAGAUAUACACUCGUCAGCGUGAAGCAGAAGGCUUAUCUUUUCAUGGGAUGCCUAAGGAACCUACAAGAAGAUCUAUUUGGGUAUCUCUUCUGGGAUUUGAGAAAGACCACCAGUUCCCAAAGUAUGCUUACGUCUGUUCCAAACACUUUCAGAAAAGUGAUUUUGUAAUUAUGCCUGAUGGAGCUAGGCAUCUCAAAUGUGAUGCUGUUCCAACUGCUGUGCAUUCUGCCUUUGAUCUCACAAAGAGUUCAGAGUCAUCGCUUAGUCUCAGCUCUUUUAGUAGUCCUGGCAAGGAACAAAUAGGAGUUUCCUCAAGCUCAGAGCCUCAUUCAGAAAUUGACAUUCUGGGUAUUACCACCACUUCAGCAGAUGGUGGCCCUGUUGUAAAACGCUUGAGAUUUGAAGACAUUGUUGCUGAUGUGAAAUCCGAUACAGCUACAGAGUCCAAAGAACAGCUACAGAUUCAAGAAAAGCACAGGUAAUAAAUAUUUUGUAUCUAUUCGUAUUAGCAA